UUGAGUCUACAAGCCGUCAACAAGAAUCGAACGUGCGAGUUCAUUCAAUACAGAAAUCCUUUCGUUGACCUAAAAAAGAUAAACAACUGCCAAGAUGUGUGACGAUGAUGCGGGUGCAUUAGUUAUCGACAACGGUUCGGGCAUGUGCAAAGCCGGCUUUGCUGGUGAUGAUGCCCCCCGUGCUGUGUUCCCCUCAAUUGUGGGUCGCCCCAGGCACCAAGGUGUGAUGGUGGGCAUGGGUCAAAAGGAUUCGUAUGUCGGUGAUGAGGCUCAGAGCAAACGUGGUAUCCUUACCCUGAAAUAUCCCAUCGAGCAUGGCAUCAUCACGAAUUGGGAUGAUAUGGAGAAAAUCUGGCAUCAUACCUUCUACAAUGAGUUGCGUGUGGCCCCCGAGGAGCAUCCAGUAUUAUUGACAGAAGCCCCACUGAACCCCAAGGCUAAUCGCGAGAAGAUGACCCAGAUCAUGUUUGAAACCUUCAACUCGCCAGCCAUGUAUGUGGCCAUUCAGGCUGUGUUGUCCCUGUAUGCUUCCGGUCGUACCACCGGUAUUGUGCUGGACUCUGGUGAUGGUGUCUCCCACACUGUGCCCAUCUAUGAAGGUUUCGCCCUGCCCCAUGCCAUUCUGCGUCUGGACUUGGCUGGUCGCGAUUUAACCGACUAUCUGAUGAAGAUCCUCACCGAGCGUGGUUAUUCAUUCACCACCACUGCCGAGCGUGAAAUUGUUCGUGAUAUCAAGGAGAAAUUGUGCUAUGUUGCUCUGGACUUUGAGCAGGAAAUGGCCACUGCUGCUGCCUCUACCUCGCUGGAGAAGUCCUACGAGUUGCCCGAUGGUCAGGUCAUCACCAUUGGCAAUGAGCGCUUCCGUUGCCCUGAGGCCCUGUUCCAGCCCUCUUUCUUGGGCAUGGAAUCGUGCGGUAUUCACGAGACUGUCUACAACUCGAUCAUGAAGUGCGAUGUGGACAUUCGUAAGGAUCUGUAUGCCAACUCUGUGCUGUCCGGUGGUACCACCAUGUAUCCAGGUAUUGCUGAUCGUAUGCAAAAGGAAAUUACUGCCCUGGCCCCAUCAACCAUUAAGAUCAAGAUCAUUGCUCCACCUGAGAGAAAGUACUCCGUCUGGAUCGGUGGCUCCAUUCUGGCUUCCCUGUCUACCUUCCAACAGAUGUGGAUCUCGAAGCAGGAAUACGAUGAAUCCGGUCCCGGCAUUGUGCACCGCAAAUGCUUUUAAAUCUUUCGCAUGCGGCGAAAGAUCAUCAAAGGCAACAACCGCAGCCAAGACACAAACCAACAUCCAGCGAGCAAAACAUCGCCGCCCAGCAACAAUAAUAAUCGUCAUAGCAAUUAGAACUCACCACUACAGUGGAUACUUCCUAUGAAGGACCACAUCGUCUUCACGUUGAGCAACCAACAACAAAAAAAAAGACAACGUAAACACAAAAAAGACAUCAAUUGUAUAUGAAUUAGCUUUUUUUUAACCUUAGUCAGUGAAAUCAAAGCAAAAUAUACUCGUAUAUAUCUUCCAUUAAAACUAUGAAUCAUUUUCAGUAAUAAAACCCACAAAAAAUCUA